UGUGUGUGUGUGUGUGUGAGAAGCGACCCAGAAUCAACGAAAAAAACCAAAACAGAUCAAGAGUGUUCCUUCUAGGUUUAGCAUCAGUUACAAUCAAAGUGUGCGGGUUUUCACUGAGACUUUUAUUGCGACAGGAAUGAUCCGCUGUAGAAAAUAAACAACACCGUCUGGACACAACAGAAGAGUCACCACAGCCGUUUUAUCGUGCUGUGUAUGAAGAUCUGCUGCUUGAAUCAACCUUGAAGCGCCAUGCUGGCCCUCCUGCUGCCUGCAAUGCUGGCCGUCCAAGCAAUGGCUGAACUGAAGCUACACGUCCCAGAGCAACCAGUGGUGGCGCUGUACGGCAGUGAUGUUACACUCAACUGCUCCUUCAACCAGACGAGUCCCUUCAACUUAUCGGAUGUUAGUGUUUUCUGGCAGCUAACAGACACCAAACGCAGUGUGCACGGUUACUGGAAGGAACAAGACCAGCUGGUGGACCAGGCAGUGGCCUUCGCCAACCGUACCAGCCUGUUCCCUCCCCAGCUGGGCAUGGGCAAUGCCUCACUUUGGCUAAGCAGGGUGCUCGUGGCUGAUGAAGGCAGCUAUACUUGCUUUGUCAGAGUGCAGGAUUAUGGCAGUGCUUCUUUGGUGCUGCAGGUGGCAGCUCCCUACACCAAGCCGGUGUUGACUUUAGAGCCUGAAUCCAACUUGCGACCAGGUGACGAGGUGGCCCUGACUUGUGUAGCAUAUGGAGGGUAUCCUGAGGGCUACGUUAUAUGGCAGGAUGGAAGUGGACGCAAUCUGACAGACAAUAUCACCUUGUCAUUCGUGGCCAACGAGGAAGGGCUGUUCACAGUGACCAGUGUGCUGUCGGUUGUGCUGGAGCCCAAUAGCACCUACAACUGCCGACUAAUCAACCCACUGCUUGGUGAGGAGGGUUUUGUCUUCGCCACAAUCACAGGUCAGAACAUUGCAUUCCCCCCAGUGGCUCUCUGGGUAACCAUUGGCCUGUCAGUGUGUCUGCUGGUGCUACUCAUUGCUUUGGCUGCUGUUUGCCGCAGGAAGAUCAAGGAGAGCUGCGAGGAGGCCAGGAGAGAAGCUGAGGAGGCCAAAGAGCUGGAAGAAGAGGAAUCAAAGACAGCUAUGACACUACUGAAGAGCUAAGGUCAAGACAACAACAGGAGUUGAGGCCAGACAAUGAGGGGGAAGGAGGAGAUGAGUCUGGCGGGUAAUCCCACACCACCUAUCCAUCAACCCGGAGACUAUUUCCAGCAUCCCCUGCAGAAUGUCAAAGCCUCGCUGAGCAGAAGAUGAGUCGAUCAUCUUCUUUCUAAGACUUUCCCCUGAGUUUCCAUCAAAACACAUAAACACAUCAUGUGCCAUUAUUUUCUAUUGCCCUCCCCUCACUGCUGUCAAUGGAGGGCUGCAGCAGUGAGUAAACGUAGCUGAGAGAGUUGUGUUCUAUGCAGAGCAGYGUCAGUGUUUGAAAACUACAGGAUGUGACAGGAUCCUUUGUCUGUCACCGACAUCACUCUGUAUGCGUUGUGAUGGGGCAUGUGCCUGAGAUCUCCUGUCUAAUAGGAAGUGAGACACUUAAAGAGAUGACCCUGGCUCAGUUGCCAGAGAGAGAGUUUGGCUCUCGUAUUACUCCAGCACUUACUAAUUAGCGUCUGUCGCUAGAGUAACUUGUACCUGUCAGUGUGUGCUGCUCUCCUAUAUUCAGUAAGUUGGAGGCAAUUGAAACUGAAUGCCAGCUAAGAUCCAACAAACUGCAAUUGGUGCGCGCCAUACAUCCUGAUUAUCCUCACUGACCCGACAGCUUUACAUGAAAGAAAUUGCUUUUAAUGAACACAAGACUGUUUCGUCCAGAUUCUGCAGCUGACGUGGAAUGUUUUAUCCUCUCUGUUAGAAGUUGUACAUGUUUUAUUGCAAUCUUUUAAUUAUCAAGUCCCUGUUUACAUCCAUGUAUGAAUACCAAAGCCAAUUUGUGCCAGAUAAUCCAGUGCCUAUUUACAUUAAAGAGACAUGGUGAAACUGCCA